CAUUCACCUGUUUUGCAUUUUUACAAAAUAAUGUUAUUACCUCGCCUUACAUUUUCCUUUUCUACUUUUGCCUCUUUUUGCAUUUUAACCCCACUUUACUAACGGAAUGGGCUGCAUUCACCUUCUAGACCUUGGCUUAUGUUUAACCCCCUGCAACAUUCUGCACAAUUGGGUCGAUCCAGUUCCGUGAUCUGGGGAAUUAGCACGGCAUUUCUGCCCUCCUUGAACGCCUCCUGCCCCGUCACGCGGCGAAAGCCCUCAGUCCUCUGCGAGGCCUUCCCCGGCGAGGCGCCCGGAGCUCGCACUCCACGAGCUCACACCCAGCCCCACGUCGGACCGCAAACCGGCUGCAAACGCGUCCCGCGAGGCCCCGCUGUACGCAGGCGGGUAGCUCGCGAGCACAGCCUCGCUCGGGCACUUAACGCUCGGCGGGUCCCAGCCCACUACGUCACCGUAGAACCCUGCAGCUUGCGGGGCUCAGAGCCAAGUCCCAGUCCCAACGCCAACCCGAGUCCCCGCCACGUUGGAGCAAGAUAAGCACGCGCAGCCCUGACGCUAAGGGCAGGCGCUUCACUUGCCCAGUGCGCACGCGCAAUGGUCCGCGCCGUCCGCACAUGCUCAGUAGCAGAAAGCCCCCUUCCCCCCUACUUGGAGGAAGGGCACCGUUGUGGUAUGACAAGGGAGCGGGCGGGCGGGGAGGCCGCCGAGUAGCGCCCCUCCCCCCACGUCGCCAUGCCGCUGGAAAGCUUGGCCCGCAUCAUCAAAGUGCAGCUGCCUGCCUACCUCAAGCGCCUGCCCUUGCCCGAGAGCAUCAGCGGCUUCAUCAGGCUGACAGUUUCAGAAUGGCUGCGGUUAUUGCCAUUCCUGGGUGUCCUGGCACUACUUGGAUACCUGGCUCUUCGUCCAUUCCUCCCCAAGAAGAAACAGCAGAAGGAUAGCUUGAUUAACCUCAAGAUCCAGAAGGAAAAUCCCAAAGUAGUAAAUGAAAUAAACAUUGAAGAUCUGUGCCUCACUAAAGCAGCUUACUGCAGGUGUUGGCGUUCUAAGACGUUCCCUGUCUGUGAUGGCUCUCACAACAAACACAAUGAAUUGACAGGCGAUAAUGUGGGUCCACUAAUACUCAAGAAGAAAGAAGUAUAGAGAAUCUCUAAUCCAUUAAAUCACGACUGAUGUGAAGUCAUGUACACACUUGUAAUUGUGUCCUGCAAUGUUUUAUGUACGUUGUGGAAUUUUUAGUCUAAUGGUUGCUGUAGAUUUCCUUUUGGUUUAACCUAUAGUUACAGGCAAGUGCUUAACCUAGGUCUGAUUUGAUACUUUGUAUGUUCUGAAGAAUCAUGUCUUGUGUAAAACUGUAAAGUAAACGUCUUUAUAAAUAGGCCUUUUUAUCUGAACACAAUGACGACUCCCAAUCUUACAAUUAAAUCUUUUCAGUAUGAACGUGAUGUAAUAAACACACGACUCAUAAAGGGCCA